AUUUUAAAUUAUCCAUAAUUUUUCACAAUAUAUAAAUAGGAAAAAAAUGAACAGAUUAAGUCGUAUUUUUCAACCAUUAACCAUAAAACCUAGAAACGCGGAAAUUUUAAAUUUAGAAGGUUUAUCAUGUAGUCAAAAGUUAAUGAUGAAUAUGGGAAUUAUAAAACCAUCAAAUCCUGGAUGCUAUCAUUUGUUACCGCUUGGGAUACGAUCUAUUGAAAAAUUGACUAAACUUAUUGAACUCGAAAUGAAAACAAUUGAUGGGCAGAAAAUUGAAAUGCCAUUGUUAACAAGUGCACAGCUAUGGCAGAAAACAGGUAGAUAUCAGAGCGUUACUUCGGAAUUAUUUGUGGUUAAUGAUCGGCAUAGCAAAGAACUAAUUAUAAAUCCUACAAACGAAGAAUCAAUCACCGAUUUAAUAUCAUCUGUGUCUCCCAUAUCUCAUCGACAACUACCAUUACGUUUAUAUCAAAUUACAAAUAAAUUUCGUGAUGAAAUGAAACCACGAUUUGGUUUAUUACGGAGUCGUCAAUUUUUAAUGAAAGAUUUGUAUUCUUUCGAUUCGAACAUCGAUAACGCUAAACACACUUACAAUGAAAUUUGUCAGUCAUACGAUAGAAUUUUUCAAAAAAUUGGAAUUGAUUUUCUAAAAGUACAAGCUUCGACUGGAACAAUUGGUGGCACAUCUUCUCACGAAUACCAUUUUAUGUCUCCAAUUGGAGAAGAUCAAAUUAUAGUUUGUAAUAAAUGUAAAUAUGCUUGCAAUCAAGAACUAAUCGCUGUUGAUCAGAAAAUAUGUACAAAAUGUGGAGAGAAUGAUAAUUUCCAAAUUUUAAACGGUAUUGAGGUUGGGCAUACAUUUCUAUUGGGAGACCGUUUUUCAAAACCAUUAGACGCCACAUACUUAUCAAAUGAGGGUAAACCCAAACAUUUACAAAUGGGAUGUUUUGGUUUAGGUUUAUCACGAAUUUUAGCUGCAACAUUAGAAAUUUUAUCAGAAAAUGAUCAAUUACGAUGGCCUCGAAUUCUUUCACCAUACACAUUGAUUAUAAUUGGCCCAAAGGAGGGUAGUAAAGAACAGACAAAAAUUCAGAAUUUACCAGAAGAAUUGUAUAAUACAUUGAAUGCCGUACCAACAAUACAUGAGGAUAUUUUAAUUGAUGAUCGAAAUAAUAUGACGAUUGGGAAACGUCUUUUGGAAGCAAAACGUGUUGGCUAUCCAUUUAUUCUUGUAAUUGGUAAAAAAAGCUUAGAAGAUAUACCAGAAUUUGAGUUACACGAUUUAGUCAAUAAAACUGAACAUUCAUUCUCUGAAUCAGCACUUAUUGAUUUUUUGUUGGAUUAA